GCUAACCCUCUCCCUCAAGCCUUCGGGAGCUUCCUGGGUUAUCGGUGAAUUUUGGGGUCUGCCAGGGUCCUGCGAAAGCGAAUCUCUGGCCUGGCGGAGGGCCAGCUAACUCUCUCCCUCAAGCCUUCGGGAGCUUCCUGGGUUAUCGGUGAAUUUUGGGCGGUCGUUGUUGGGUGCCGCAUGCCUUCGACCCUCGCUAAGUGCGAGGGAGCCGGGUAAAACCGCACGUUCGAAUGGCCUCUAACCCAACUCGAGCUCGAGGCUUGCGCUUUUCGGGGCUUGCGCUCGAGUUCCGGGCCUUGCUCUCGAGCGUCUAGGGCGGGCUAGGUCUGCCUGGGGCGGGCUAGGUCUGCCUGGGGCGGGCUAGGUCUGCCUAGGGUAGGCUAAGUCUGCCUAGGGUAGGCUAAGUCUGCCUAGGGUAGGCUAAGUCUGCCUAGGGUAGGCUAAGUCUGCCUAGGGUAGGCUAAGUCUGCCUAGAGUAGGCUAGGGGCUGCCUAGAGUAGGCUAGGGGCUGCCUAGAGUAGGCUAGGGGCUGCCUAGAGUAGGCUAGGGGCUGCCUAGAGUAGGAUCAAGCUUAGGCACAGGCUUAGGCACAUGCUUAGGCUUAGGAAUCUUCAAAAAACUUUAAAAAAAUUAGAAAAGAAAAUUCUAGAUCUACAUUAUAUCAAGCUGUCUAAUUCUCUUCGAAUUAUACAAACAGACGAGAAAAAUGAGCAAUAGCACGUUUAAUCAUCAAAAGAAGGUUCUAAUCGACACCACAGUUCAGAUUAGGGCUCCACUAUCAUGUAAGACAAUUUCAGAUUCUCAUCUCACAGAUUCAUGGCAACAUGGGCGUUUUGGGUAGUUAUUUCUUAUUUUCUAGACCCGUCGACUGAUACAAGAGCAAUCUCCACAUUCAUAAAUUCCUUAUUUGUGGCGGCACCCAUUCCUGGAACUGUUGCCAUGAUUAUUCAAAACGCCAGCUAUCGAAAUUUCAUCGCGGAGAAGGUUUUUCGGCGGAAAUCAUCUGACGUGUCGCCAAGCCGAUAUGUUCUACCGUGGAAGACAGAUUGUAAAACUCGAAUUUAAAUCGAGUUAUUGAAUGAAUUUUGGAUUGAAUAUUAAUAAAUGAUUUUUGUAAGCGUGUAAUAUA